AUGGCGCCCGUCUUCCCCAGCCGCAAGUAUCGCAUCCCAGGCGACCCAGGCAACGUGGGCGCGCGGUACCGCGCCAUGAUGGCGAAGCGGCCAUUCCUGCUCUUUGGACUUCCCUUCCUGACCGUCAUCGUGGGCGGCUCCUUUGCACUGACGCCGGCGACGGCGAUCCGCUACGAAAGGCAGGACCGCAAGGUGCGGCAGAUGACGCGCGACGAGGAGCUGGGCGUGGGCAAGACCAAGCGCAAGGUGGACAUGAAGGACGAAUAUUAUAGACUAGCCGCAAAAGACAUCGACAACUGGGAGCAGAGAAGGGUCAAGCGGCUGGCUGGAGAAUCUGACGGAGUUGUCUGA